AUGAUGUCCACAAGACCCCUUGUUCGCUCUGCGCUUCCCAGAGCGACACGCGUUGCUCGCGCUCCCCGUAACCAACUUCGCUUCCAGUCCUCCACGGCUUCUUCAUCAUCAGGAAGCGCAGGCGGAGGCGGCUCACACUUUGGAGCUGGUGUUGCCGGUGGUCUUGCUGGAGCUGGCCUCUUUUUUGCCAUCUACUCCUUCACCCCUGCUGGACGAACGGCAUCCAAGGUCAACAAGGCCGCCAAAGAGGCAGAGCAGAAGUACCAGGUAGCAGCGAAGAAACUGCAGGAGAACACCCCCUCUCCUGAUCAAGCCAUCGACUACAUCAAGCAAUUCGCCUAUUCGUACGUCGGUUGGAUCCCUGGUGGUCGCGCCUACAUCGAUACCGCCUUCGACGACUUCGAGACCGUGCGCAAGAACCACCGCGAGGAGGCCGACCAAAUUAUCAAUGAUGCAUACAAGCAGUUCCAGGAGGUAGCCAAGGCUGGAUUGAGCCUGGAAGCUGUUCACAAGGCGUAUGAGGUUAUUGCCGACCUGUCCAAGAAGGUAGCCAGCCUGUCUGGUGACGCCAUUUCCGACAUCAUCGACAACCACCCCCAGCUGAAGGAUAAGCUCGGCGGCAACAUUGACCAGCUCAAGCAGUUGGGUGACCAAUACGGCCCCGAGGCCAAGAAGCAGGUCGACGAGACGUGGAAGCAGAUCAAGGAUGUCCUUGCUGGAGGCUUCACGGCUAGCAAUUUCGAGAAGGCCCGCAAGCUGAUCGAGGAGAAGACGGAGCAGGUCAAGAAGCUUGGUGAUGAGGCGUGGAAGAAGGCGCUCGAGGAGGCCAAGCCCUACCUUGACAAGAACCCCAAGGUCAAGGAACUGGUUGAGAAGAACGCCGACACCUUGAAGCAGGGCAACGCCAAGGAGGUCUUUGAGAAGGCCAAGUCAGCAGUUGAGUCUGGCGAUCUUGGGGGACUGGAGACCUAUGUCAACGGAGCGGUAGACAAGGCCAAGUCAAAGGGCUCACAGCUGGGCGCUAGCUUCGGCGGCUUGGAUCAGUACUUCAAGAUGAUUCCCGACGGUGACCAGAUCAUUCCCAAGUUGAAGCAGCUGAGAGAAAUUGCCGACAAGCACAAGGACGAGGGUGAGAAACUUUUCAAGGAGACGUUGGAGGAGGUGAAGAAGGUUCUUGAAGCCAAGGGCAAGGAGGCAGAGAAGAUUGCCAACAGUGCCAAGAAGGAGGCCAAAUAA